CACUUUAUAGCCCAGGAAGAAGAUGUUUCAGGAAAUGGCUUUUCUGGUUUAACCGCUCUUCGAUGGAUAAAAUAAUUUCCUCUUCUGCUCACGAGCGGCCAUUUAAAUUGCCUCGCAGCAGGUGAGCCAAUUCAAACAAUUGCAUCCUGGUCCAUCCUGCCCAGCCCUUACCUCUGUUCACUGAUUCACCUUCUUCAUAACCUGUUCUUCAUGUUCACCUCCUGUGUGUGUGUGUGUGGAGGGGUGUGUUAAAUGGCAUAUACUGGUCUUAUAGAGGGAGAAGAAUAGACAAUGAAAGGGUGUGUUGUGGAAUGAUGCAGGUGAAAAAGUAGUUAAAGCGGUUUGGCAUUGUCUUCAUCUUUUUUGUUGCUGGUCUGUCGUUUGCUGUUUCUCUGUCAACUAAGUAUCCAGUCAGACAGGUAAGGCAGGCUCCUGGUGUGGAGGUGUUGGGAGGGAGAGAGAGGGAGGGUGGAGGAAGAGGGAGAGAAAGAGAGAGAGAGAGAGAGAGAGAGUGCAGUCAGAAACAGCACACAGUUGCUGUCACCAUGAGAGGCCAGUGACUGUUCCACCUUAGGAGAGACCCAGAGACUUAAAGACCCAGAAGAGGCACUAUUCACCUGCUCUUUCUCAGCCCAACUGCCUUCAUCACCUCUCGGGAACUGUCGUUUUUCUCCCUUCCCCUUCUCUCAUGCAGGAUGAGGGCUGUCUUGGGGCUGGUUUUCUUGGCAGUAUGUGUUCUGGUUGCUGUGGCCUACCAGGCCUUUCAGCAGGAGAUAAACAUCCGUAACUUAAGGUCGCAAAUAGAUUUAACCACUGAGCAAGUGAGAGUAAAGGAGGACGAAAUAGUUCAAGUCAAGUUGAAGAUUCAGCAGAUAAACGAUCAGCUGGCGCCUUUCAAAAAAGAGAAGGAUGAGCUGGUAAAGAAGAAGACUGAGCUGAAGAAGACCAAAGAAGACACAGAGAAGGGACUGGGCACCUGCCAGAAACAGAAGGCAGACUCUGAGAAGAAGAAAAUAGAAUCUACUGCAGCACUCCAGAAGCUAAAAGUGGAUCACAGUAACGAGGAGCAAAAGUUUCAAGAAGAGGUCAAAACUUUGCAGAAACAGAUUUUUGAUAGAGAUGCCCAGCUCUGUAAGUUUGUGGAUGAGAAUAAGCAGGAGGGAAAGAAGUUGUGUGCGGAAAAUAAGCCUCCCCAGUAACUUAUGACAAGAAAGGGCGGAAAACUCAGGAAAGAAACCUUUGUUAACACUGUGUAUUUUUUGUACAGCUUUUCUUUUUCAUAAAAGUGAUGUUUUUUUUCUGACUCUUGUUCACACUGAAAAAAAAUUUAACUACUAACAACAAUAAAGUAAUAGAGGAAAUAAGGACA